AUGCAGUUACUCAAAGUUACUGGGCACCUGUGGCAGUUACAUAAAGGUGGGGUAGAUGCAGAAGUGAAUUGUGUGGCUAAGAUCGAAAAUCUAUUCUUGUUUGUUGAUUCUGGUGGUGGUGACGGUGGUGGAGAUAGAGGUGGUGGACAUGGAGGGGGAGGGGGCAUGGAGGAUGCGGGGGUGGGGUUGAGAUGGCGGAGGUGGAGGUAUGACAGAGAGGUAGGGGCUACGAUAGCGCGCGGAGGUGAAGGUAGUGGUGGUGGUAGAAGUCGAGGUGGAGGUGGAGGUGGUGGUGACAGAGGUCGAGAUGGAGGUGGUGGAAGAGGUGGAGGUGGGGCGACUGUUGAUAUAGUUAUAGAAAUCGAUGAUUUAUGUUGUACAAAUUAG